AGACAAUUUGGAUAUUCCAUCUUAAUUGAUAUAAUGGCAUAAUAAUCUAGUAACGUUGAAAAAUGGUUCACAUCAACUUGACCCGAUUGGCUCACGACUGUGAGCUCCACAUGAGUGAGCAGGAAGUUGAUCAGAUUGAGAGGAGACAUGCGAGGCUUGAUAAGUCAACCGAUUCAAUUCUUCUGAUGACUCCCAUAUUUUCGAUUGUUUCUUUCGCAUUUUCAAUAACUCUUCUUGCUGCAAUUAUAUAUGCUCUGCUUGGAAGGAAGAUCCCGUCAAGAAAAUAUUGCAUUAUAAUUUCCCGAACUCUGGCUGAUAUUUUCUCGUCAGUGCUCAUCGCUGCCGCAUCUCUUUUCGCCAAUUCAUACUCUGCUUCCUACAUGGUUCUUGCCCUCUUCCUCUACAUUUGCACAUUCGGAGUCAUUCAAUUGACGUCUUCUCAUAUCGCUGUAAUUAUUUUAAGACAGAUAAGUGUGACUCGUCCCUAUGGGUUCCAGUCGAUUUGCAGUAUUCGUCGUUUAUCACUUAUCGUUGGUUUCACCUGGAUUUUAUCGAUUAUGUACUCGGCUGCGUAUACUCCAAUGACCACAGUUAUUGUGGAUGCGUCGAAGGAAGAUAGAGUUUGUCCCUUCCAUAGUUGCCAACGGCCUCUUAUCAUCACUGCAAUCAUUAUUGUCGUCGUUUCAAUGUUCACAGUUCUCGGCUCCUACGCCAUCGUUAUCGCGAAAAUGGCUCAGAUUGCUCAUAGUGAAAAAAUGCACAAUGAGCCCGAGUUGACUCGAAAACGAAUGCACAAGUUUUUCAAAUUUGGUGGCCAUCUGGCACUCUACACAUUAAUUGUCUCGCUGAUUUUUGUCGGAUCUCUUUUCAUUCUACACAAUGCCGAAGAUUAUCAUCAAGUCAAUCGGAUGAUUGCAAUCAAUUGUGAUGUUUAUGACUACCUAAACAUCAAGCUUCGUCUGGAAACAAUUGCCGGCGGAGCGGUGCUUCUGUGGUGUGUCCGGAUAAUUUUCGACGUUGUCAUCGCGUUUUUGUCGGAAAUUCGGCUUCUGCCAUGGCUCCGACUGGAUAAUUUGCAAACUUUGGAUAGUAGUCGGGUGGUAUCUGUUCGUCAUGGAUUAGGCUGGCAAAAAGGAUGUGUCAACUGUCCAGUUUUCAAUAUUGAAAAUCGCCUUCAUCCUUUGGAUUUCAAAAACUGAAAUGCUUCAUCUCACAACAAUCCCCCGCUUCAUCCUCACUGCCAUCAUUUUUAUCCGUCUUUCCCCACAGAUGUGUUUGAAUAUAAUUUGAAAAUUGAACAAAUAAACAAAACAUUUUGAU